AUGAUAUCCCUUGCCAUCUUCGAUUUCGAUGGCACACUCUUUGACACCCAUGAAUCCAUCUCUCAGACAAUCAAAUUGACUUUCGACUCCCUCCUCCCCACUCAUGCCCCUCCUCAAUCUGAAAUCCACCGCCUCAUCUCUAGCGGCGCCGGUCUAGCAGAUACAUUCCAAGCUUUGCACCCCACCCCCUCUGAAUUCACAUCUGCCGUUGAAAACGAAUGGAUUGAAAAGUACCGCGCUCUUUACGCAACCCAUGGUCAACUCCUCAUCAAGGCCUUCCCGGGUGCAAAGGAGCUGUUAGCGGAGCUGAAUGCCCACAAGAUCCCCAUCGCCAUUGUGAGUAACAAAGGUGUAGCGGCUGUGAAAACUGCCCUCCAGCGCAAUGGCCUGGAAGGCUAUGUCCCCGAGGAUUUGAUCGUGGGUGAUAAGACACCCGGGGCGAAGCGCAAGCCAGACCCUGCCAGUUUCGCUGUACUGGUGCCCAUUCUGCGGGAGCGACAUGGAUUACGGGACAUUAACCCACAGAAUGUACUGGUAAUUGGCGACACGGUGGCGGAUCUUCAGUUUGCAAAGAACAUUUCUAGCAAAGCCUGCUGGUGUCGGUAUGGGUAUGGAGAUCGAGAGGCUUGUCAAAAUUCUGGCCCAGAUUUCAUUGUGGAUGGUCUAGAGGAAGUUGUGGGGAUUGUAAAAGCCUGA